AUGCUAAAAAUCGAAGUGGACACUCAUGACAUAGUUGCGAUCUCGGUUUGUCUACUAGUAGCUGCUUCUCAUCUAUAUCAGCGACAUUGGAUCACAAAUAACGUAAUUGGAAUAGCGUUCUCCAUUUAUGGAAUAGAAAACCUGCAUCUAAGUAGCUUUAAGGCCGGAUCUCUUCUUCUGGUUGGAUUGUUCAUCUACGAUGUCUUUUGGGUAUUCGCUACAGACGUAAUGACUUCGGUUGCCAAGGGGAUUGAUGCACCAAUUCUUCUGCAAUUCCCUCAGGACCUUCUCAGACACGGAUGGAAAGACGCUAGCAAGCAUAGCAUGCUAGGUCUCGGCGAUAUUGUUAUUCCUGGAAUAUUUAUAGCUCUUCUUAGAAGAUUCGACCUUAGGAUAGGCGACAAGGACGCCAAAAAGAAACAAGGGGGACGGUACUUCUUCUCUAUCACGGUUAUAGCCUAUGCAGUUGGUCUUCUAAUUACCAUGUUGGUUAUGCACCAUUUUAAGGCUGCGCAGCCAGCGUUGUUGUACUUAGUGCCAUGUUGUCUGUUUGUGCCGCUGUUUGUGUCGCUAUGCACUGGAGAGUCAAAGGAGCUGUGGAAUUAUAAUGAAGAACACCUGACGGAUAAGCACGAAAAAGAGAAGGCGAGCAAGAAAGUUGAAGCUGCUAAGAAGACCAACUAG